UUCGUCGGAGCCAGUGGCCAGCCGCUAGCUGUGCACUAGAAACUGCUGUGGAACACGAUGGCACCGCACUAUCGCGCUCUCGCCGGAUUGCACCGCUGUUUGAAGUCUAGAUCUGUCUUCGCUAUCUGCUCUCUCGGAUGUUUCUUGGUUUACAUGGGUCACGAGCUAGACGUAAGAACUGUCGUCGUAGGAAAGGAAUCCGCAGGCCUACUGACCAGAGAAGUUUUGUCCUCGCUGAAUGCCUCAGUAUCGACAUCUAAAGCAAAGCAUCAGAGUUUGCAAGCAUGCGUCCGCUCAGGAGGAACACUGGAGAAUCAGCCAUGCUGCGAGCACGGACAGUUUGCUCUGCAAGGAAUGCACGUCUGUCGAAAAUGGCUCAAUUGUCAGGAGUUGAGUGACCUUGGCGUAACGAGAUUAAUAAAAUCUAUUGGACUUUACAAGAUACAAUUUCAGACUACGUUUAAAAGGCAUAAGAUCGUGCUGAUGCAACUUCCUAUAGCCAAAAAGAAGAUGAAGUAUAAACAAGCACUGGCAAACUACCAGUUGCUGCAACCAAAUCCGCUUGUAGUGCAGCUGAUUGGCGUCUGUGAGAUAACGCAGGAGUUUGCUGUGGAAUACUAUGAGCUAGGUGACGCCCGAUAUGCAGAACAAUACAUUCAGUCCUUAAGUCAGGAGCAAGCAGACGAGCGGCAGCUGCUGCUGUGUAUGGACUACGCAGCGAUCAAUCUUAUGCUGCAUGAGAAGGGGCGAUGUAAUGCCGAUCAGAACACGUGGAAGACAACUCUUUCUCAGUACCUUCUCUCUGACGAUAUGCGCCUGCUUCUCAGUGACAUGGACAUUUUACCUGAAAUGGGUGUCGAACCAAUAUAUAGGAAGAAAGACGUUUCCGGUCCAAUUAACGCACCUGAAUACGCGCUUGUCGCCUCACGGAGUUUUGUGAUCUACGAUCCAAGCUUAUAUUUCCUCGCCAUCGUGGUCAACAGUCGCCUGCCUGCUCCCGUCGGCGACGUCGCGCACUGA